GCAGGAGAAGGAGCCGGCGCUCUCUUCUUCUUCUCUCCCCGGUAACCGAAUAUGACACAAUGUCUGCGCGUAUAAAAAGCCAGCGCCACUCCUUCCUCAGCUGAGACCACAGAGAAGCGAGAAGUGCUCCUCCUUCCCCUCUGAUCGUCGCGAGAGCAGCGAGGAUGGCCACCCUGGUUCAGCCCGCGGAGCUGGAGACUUUGGGCGGACGGAGCAACACCGGAGCCUCGCCGACCUCCAGCCCUUCCCAGCACUUCGUCGACGGAAGAUUCUACCUGCUGGUGGUGAUCGGGGAGAUUGUCAGCGAAGACCAUCUCAAGUGUGCUAUUGCGGCCAUAGAGAAAGGGAUACGAUCAUGGGACACCAACCUCUUUGAGUGCAACCUGGACCAGGAACUGAAGCUGUUUGUCUCCAGACACUCGGCCCGCUUCUCCGCAGAUGUCCGAGGUCAGAGGAUUCUCCACCACAAAAGCCCGGUUCUGGAGACAGUCGUUCUCAUCAACCCUUCGGAUGAUGCCGUCAGCACUGAAGUCCGUUUGAUGAUUUCCGACUCUGCCAGACACAAGCUGCUGGUUCUCUCGGGCCAGUGCUCAGAACUCACCGGGGAGUUGAUCCUCCAGUCCGGCGCUUUCUCUUUCUCCAAAUUCAUGGACAUUUUCACCGACCAAGAGAUUGGCGAGCUGCUCAGCACCAUCCACCCUGCAAACAAAGCCAACCUGACUCUGUCCUGCCCACAACAAGGAGACUGGAAGAAUUCCAACCUGGACAAACACAACCUGCAGGACUUCAUCAACAUGAAGCUCAAUUCUGCUCUGAUUCUCCCUGAGAUGGAGGGUCUCUCAGAGUUCACUGAGUACCUGUCUGAGUCCGUAGAAAUCCCAUCCCCCUUUGACAUGUUGGAACCACCAACCUCAGGUGGAUUCCUCAAGCUCUCCAAACCAUGCUGCUACAUUUUCCCUGGUGGCCAUGGAGAUUCCGCUCUCUUCGCCGUCAAUGGCUUCAACAUGCUGAUCAACGGUGGCUCGGACAGGAAGUCCUGCUUCUGGAAACUGGUGAGACACCUGGAUCGGGUUGACUCCAUUCUUCUGACUCAUAUUGGGGACGACAACCUGCCAGGAAUUAACAGCAUGCUGCAGAGAAAGGUCGCAGAGAUCGAAGAGGAGCAGUCGCAGGGCUCCUCGACAGGUAACGGCGACUGGGCCAAGAACCAGAUUUCACCAGAUAUUGGUGUUGUGUUUGUUAAUCUUCCUGAAGACCUGGACGCACCGGAGCCUGACUAUCGAGUCCGAAGAAACGUCGACGAGGCCGCGUUCACGCAGCAGUUCCUCACAAAGCUGAAUUUGAGGAUAGAGCCUUUAAAAAGGCCUGUUGGAAACACCAUCGAGCCGAUUACAUUAUUUCAGAAGAUGGGAGUCGGGAAGCUGGAAAUGUAUGUACUUAAUCCGUCGAAGAACAGCAAGGAGAUGCAACACUUCUUAAAGCAGUGGACAGGCAGCAAAAAGGACACUGCUUCUAUUCUGCUGCCAAAUGGAAAAGAGUCAGAGUAUCCAGUCUCUUACUUGACUUCAAUAUCGUCACUGAUUGUUUGGCAUCCUGCAAAUCCCACUGAUAAAGUUGUGCGCGUUCUUUUUCCCGGAAACGCAACGCAGCAUCACAUCUUUGAAGGCUUAGAGAAGCUCAAGCAUCUCGAAUUCCUGAAGCAUCCUGUUGUCACUCAGAAAUCCAUGUCAGCAGAUCCACCGUCCACACCAACCCUGAAGCAAGCGAAGAUGAAACUCAGGACAGACAGCAAAGAGAGUCUCAAGUCUACUCCGAAGCCGUCACCAAUCAAGACCGUCCGAAAGGAGUCCAGGGAGGAAGCACCAGAGAAGUCCAAGACAGACGCCGAAUCAACACAAGAAAAAACACUGAAAGAAAAGAAAGAAAAGCCUCUAGUGAAAAAAGUUAAAGCUACAGAGAAAGAAUCAAAAGCUAAGGCUGACAAUGCGACACCAAAAGAAACCCCAGAGAAGAAGAAAUCCGAGGUGAAACCAAAAGUGGAAAAGAAGAAGGAAGCCAAAGUGUCAGCUGAAAAGAAAAAAGUAGCAAAAAAAGAUGUGAAGAAGGUUGAUGUGCCCAAGCUUGAUAGUAAAAAAGAUGAAAAGGUAAAGAAAGAAGAAGCAAAGAAUCUUAUUAAAAAGGAUGUGAGGAGAGAUUCCCCGCUGAAGGAGAAGCGAGAGGAGAAGAAAGAGCAAAAGAAAGAUGUGAAAAAGGUCUCUAGAGACAUCAAAAAGACGUCUGCUGGUGGUGAGGAGAAAGGUCAUACACUCAAACCGAAGCCAAUCAAAAAGGAUGAUGUUCUGAAGAAGGACGCUGGAGUUCCACCAAAGAUGAAGGACAAAGGAAAGCCAAAGGUGACCAAGAAAGAUAAAAAGGAGGUGAGCACCAAUCAGGCUGAGAGCCCAGCUGUGGUAACUGAGAGCCCAGACGCCGAAAGAGCCCUGAUGUCUUCUCCAGAAGAUCUCACUAAAGACUUUGAAGAGCUCAGAGCGGAGGAAGUGGUGGAUGACGAUGCUACCCUGCAAACUGACAGAGAAGAAGAGGCAGUGGUGAUCCAUCGUGAAGAAUUACUCCAAACCAAAGAAUCGCCUGAAGGGUUGGAGUCCAUGGAUGAAGGCAUCACCACCACAGAGGCUGAAGGAGAGACUCCUGAUGAACAAGUUCUCAAAGGAAAACUCAACGGAAGUGUGAGCGAGAAGUUUGAAGAUGAGGGUACUGUGAUGGAGGAGACAUCUGAAGCAGGAGAUUAUGAAGAAAAGGGGGAAACUGAAGAAGUUUAUGAACCACAGGAAUCUGAUAAAGAACCAAGUCCCAUUGUAGACCAUCAACUUGAGGGCAAAGAUGAAGCCUGCGCUGAAGACAACACUGAUGAAGACAAAGCACCAGAUCAGCAUGAAACGGAACAUCAGCUUGUAUCAGACUCUCCCAUGAAGGUAUCCCCACCCAUUUCCCCUGCAGCGUCGAUCCAUGACGACAAACAGGUGUCAGCUUCUUCCAGAGUUUCCUCUCCAUCAUCUCCAGCUGCGUCCAUCCCUGAGGAAAGAGACACUGUGUCUGUAUCAGCCUUGUCACCAAAAGCCUCCUCACCUAUUUCUCCUGCUGAAUCAAUCCACCACGAUAUGGUGCAGGCCGCAGUUAAAGAGUCCACCACCUCUGAUGAUGAGUAUGCAGUGGAGUCUGGGGAGAAAUUGGUCCACUCUCUAUUAGAAGGUGUUGAGCAGUCCUUUGGAGGACUUGACAAAGGCAAAGUUGCUCCUCUUGAGAAUAUUGUCAAGACCGAACACUCUCUCAGCCAAGCCACCGAGGGCCCACACUACGACCACUCAGCUUCAACAAUAUCUCCACCGUCACCAUUGGAGGAUGAUAAGUUUUGUAAAGGGUUCCACUCCGAGGUCAAGGAAGAAGAGUGCUCAAAGGCUCAGGAGACAUUAGAAAAGUCGGAAGCCGAUUCAGUGGAGCACAGCCCUACAUCCUCACCACUAAUACACUCCCCCUCAGUUGAGCAGAAAAAGGCAGUUGAGUCCUCAGUGAUGUUCACCGCUCCGAUAGAACUGUCAUCCACACUUGCAGUCAGUCCCAAACUAGCGACAGAAUCCACAAAUAGUCCAGAUGAGAAGACAUUAGAAGGUGCAAAUUCCCCACAGUCGUCCGGCCACACUCCUUACUAUCAGUCUCCAGUGGAUGAAAAAUCUGGAGCUCUUCCACCUGGGUCAGAAGACGAAGGACAGGGCCCAUUAAUUGUGGAGAUCAGCAGUGAUAAAGACGUCUCGUCCAAUAGAGAAACCCCGGAGCCUGACGUGCCGGAGCUCGAGAGCCCAGUAGAAAGGGAGAUCUCGCCUCCAAAAAGUCCAGUUACAAAUGAAACUGAGUCCCCAACAAAUAUACACAAGUCCACCUUUGCAAAAGAUGAAAAGAUAACUGAAGAUACAGUCUUGUCAUCAGCGCCACCGACCAAGCAUGAGUCUGAAACAAACCCAUUCACAGUGUUUAAAGAAGAGAGUAAAAUGUCCAUUUCAGAGGGCACAACGUCUGAUAAGUCAGGCACACCUCUAGAGGAAGUGGUAGCUGAAGAUACAUUUUCACACCUGGCAUCAGUGUCAACUGCUAGCCUAGCAACCAGCUCUUUACCAGAACCAACCACCGACUCGCCCUCCCUUCAUGCCGAGGUUGGUUCCCCUCACUCUACUGAGGUGGAUGACUCUCUGUCCGUCUCUGUGGUUCAGACUCCCACAACCUUCCAAGAAGCAGAUGGAUCUCCAUCCAAGGAAGACAGUCCAAGGCCCAUGUCCAUCUCACCCGACAUCUCACCAAAGACAAAAUGCCAUUCACAGAUUCUGGAAAAAUCCCCAGAACACUCCACCAUGUCAGUCGAGUUUGGGCAGGACUCCCCCGACCACUCCUUAGCUUUGGAUUUUAGCAAACAGUCUCCAGAGCAGCCAUUGCCAGUAGGAGGUGUGCGUGCAACAGAGAAUGGUCCAACAGAAGUUGAUCACAGCCCCUCAGAUGUAGCGAAUGCUAAAGCAGCUGACGUAAACAAUAGUGCAGUGGAAAAAACUUUGCUUUUUGAGGAGAGUGAUUUAGCGCAGUCCCAUUCUGCAACCCCAUCUGAUGCCUCUCAAUCAAGUCCAUCUGUAACAACACCAUGCCAGAUGACGGAGAUACCACCUGGUGUGAUGGAGCAGACGGAGAGCUCUUCGGCCACCCCGAAGGCAGACUCUCUUACCAUGUCUCCCCAUUCCACCGAAGCAUCCACAGAAUUCCUUGAACCCUUCAAUAAAGGUGGCAAUAGCCCAUCCACACCAUCUGCAGACUCUCAGCUGAAAUUUGACAAGUCACCAUCGCCCAAAGAAGCUGCUUCACCAUCCUCUUCUUCGGCUCUUUCUCCUAAAGUGGAAAGGUCCCCAGUAAAAGAGACGAAUCCAUUUAAAUGUGAAGAUUCUGCAAUUGAGGUCAAAUCCCCUGUGAGCCCCAAGGUUGCCUCCCCAUCAUUUCUACCUUUAUCUUCACAUCCUUGUGAUCACAGUUCUGCCUCUGGACCUGUAGACCCAGACUCAUCCAAAAAGAGCCCCUCUGCUCCGUCGAAGACAGAUGUAGACCUCUGUUUAGUCACCUCAUGUGAAUACCGUCAUCCCAAAACAGAGCUGUCACCAUCGUUCAUCAAUCCCAACCCUCUUGAAUACUUCAUCAAUGAGGGGAACACACUGGAAGAAGAAAAGCCUCUCGCCAAAUUUGGAGAAGGGCCCCCACCUCCAGGGGGUAAGCUACCCAGUAGGCAGUGUGAGGAAACCCCGCCCACAUCCAUUAGUGAGUCUGCGCCAUCCCAGACUGAUUCAGACGUUCCUCCAGGGACAGAGGAAUGCCCCUCAAUAACAGCAGAUGCUAACAUAGACUCAGAGGACGACUCGGAGACGUUGCCUACCGACAGGACUCUAACUUCCAGACAUGCGGACCCUCCUCCAGUGGCACUUAGGGACUCUGCUCCACAACAAGGGCACCAUGAUGUCUGCAUGGUAGAUCCAGAAGCCCUAAAGGCAGAAGAAAACGACAGCAAUGCCAACACAGAAGCUGCAGACAAAACCAAGAAGAAGAAGCUCUCGAAAAAGGCAUCAUCACCAGCUAGGAAGAGUGCUCUGUCAAAAGUGAAGGACUCUAAAACUGCCUCUCCAAAGAAGAGUGUUGGAGAAGGGAAAGAUGCCAAAAAUGCAACAAAUACUUCUGCGUCCAGAGGCGUCAAAAGUGCCCCGAGUGAGUUACAGAAUUUUGUAUUUUGGCUAUCCCUGUUUAAUUUUUAUUUUCCCCUAGGUGCAAACAGCAGUAAGGCAUCCAGCGGUGGGUCUUUACCAAACUGUCCACCAAUGUACCUAGAUCUGGUCUACAUCCCCAACCACUGCAGUGCCAAGAAUGUGGAUGCAGAGUUCUUCAAGCGAGUGCGGUCAUCGUACUAUGUGGUCAGUGGUAACGACCAAGCUGCUCAGGAGCCCAGCAGAGCAGUGCUGGAUGCUCUUCUGGACGGAAAGGCCCAGUGGGAUAACAAUAUGCAGGUGACUUUGAUUCCGACCCACGACACCGACGUGAUGCGAGAGUGGUACCAAGACACACAUGACAAGCAGCAGGAGUUGAACAUCAUGGUCCUGGCCAGCAGCAGCACCGUUGUCAUGCAAGAUGAGUCCUUCCCUGCCUGCAAGAUCGAAAUGUAGAAUGUUCCCUGACACAAUAUCCAUGUAGCAUUAAAACCACCCGAGCUGACAUCUUUGACCCAAAACUAACCUUCCGAAACCUGCUACGACUAACGCCAGUCAUCUCCAAGGGGUUCCACGCUCAGAUACAGCUGAGAAAGGUUAGGAUCAAAUCAGAGCUCUCAAACAACAUAGCCCCUGGGGCGGAGGCGUCCAGUGCAAGAUAACACGACACCAAAGGAUUUCUGUUCUUGCCUUAUCAGGAGCUUUACAUGAAUGUAUAAGAACGGAUGCAUCUAACUGACACCUUUUCUAAUUUGGGUGUGUUGAAUGGUGGAAGAUGUUUGUUCAUUUUGUCGAUGGUGAUGUCAUGCCAUCCAUUCAACAGCCACCCGCUCUGUCAAACACGAGUCGCUAUUGCUGCUGUCAUGUAUUGAAGUUGCCAUUGAUGUUGACUUUCAUGUCUUUGUUAAUUUAUUACUGCCUUUGUGGGAGAUUUCUAAGAACCUUAUUUGAUUCAGUUAGCUUAUUCGUAUCCACUGAAGCGACGCGUCAAGGCAAUUUUCAGAAACUAUGUCGCUUUUCUAAAGCAUUGUACUGUAAUUGUGAAAAGCGCGGGGGGUGGUCUGUGCAUGCUCGGUUACGUUCUUGUUUUUUGUUCACACUUUGCUCAGAAUGGCUUUAGAACUAACUCGAGCUGCAUGAGUGAGUAAAUGUAUGCAGGUGGAAUUUUCAGAUUUUGAGCCACAGAGGUGGCAAAUGUAGGUUUUUGGUCUGAAUGCAGAGAUAGAGGUUCUACCACAGUUAAAGCUCUAGUGAGUUGCCACAGACCAGUUUGUCGUGCUAGUUUGAAGAACGAUGAGGAGAGGCCCUGCUUUUUGCUCCUCACACAGAGUUCUGUGUCAGGUAGUCCACAUGAAACCAGUGUUUUCAGUCUCCUGAACAACAGCGUGUUUAAACCGUGAUGGAUAGAUUGGAAAAUGCUGGUUCAACAAAUCACAUUUGCGAUGACCAACAAGACAUCAUCACAACAAGACUCUACCUUCUGUCUGACCUAGUUUUCAUUAUGAUUGCUUGGUCUUUUUCAUUCAGGCAGCCUCUGCACGCAGACCUCUGAGUCAUUACUCCUUAUUAUUUGGACCAGCCCCUUCUGGGGUCUGGUCGGUUUCCACUUUACCAUCAUGGAUCAAAUUGUCUAAAGUAAUCCUGGUCCAGUCAUUUCCGCUGGUGUAUCCAGCCUGCCAUGCUGCCCUGAGUACCUUGAAUCUCUUCAACUGCUCCUGGAGGAUCUCUGAGCCUGAGAUUGUUCAACAUCUUGUCCUUCGCUCUUGUCUUGGCUUCUGAGUCGGUGAUUCUCUCCUCCGUCUCAUCCGAUAAUAUCCAGAUUUUUUUCCGAGACUAUAUUUGGGCGUGGAUCCAUUAUUUUCUGAUUUUGUUUUUCUGUUUACUUUCUGAUAAAAUGAGUUUCUCCAAACCCUCCAUUUUCACCGUCAAAGACUGACACCGAAGUACAAUAAGUUACAAUGACUCACGAUUCUUAUGAUGCUACAGUUUUUGGUUAUGGCAGAUCUCCAUUUUCUAUCAAUAUACUAUUCAAGUCUAAUUCAGGAGCUCUGGCUAUUCGUGACCGAGUCGACUCAUCUGGUGCCUUUGAACUCUGUCACCUUUUUGAAAAGAGCAGGGAAAAACAAUGGUAUUGGAUAUGAUCCCCCUUCAUGGGAACAAGAUAUGAGAUGACUAGUUCAACUGCAGGAAUAUUUAAGUCUGACACUCGUCUGUCUAGUUUGGAUCAGCUCUUCUCUACGGCUUCAGAAUGUGUGUCACGUUGUUUGAUGUCUAUACAUUUGUUUUCUUAUGGAGAGAGGAAAUAUGCUUAGCUGAGUCAGACUCAUAUCUCUAGUUGUAGAACCUGCUCAAAGAACUAGAUCAGGACACAGCAUGUGGUGAUAUAGUCAGUUUCAGGCUUGUGUUUGGUGCCAGAGUGCCAACUUCAACAUCAAAGCCCACCUCCAUCUGAAAGAGGACUUAACAGUCUGGGCACUUUUGAAGACAAAACCCCUGGAAUCUUUGGUCCUCGCUCUGUCUGCAGCGAGCAUCCACAGUUCGGAGGGGCAGUUCACUGUAUCCGGGUGAUGGCUUUCGACUGAAAGGUAUCAUGGUCUUGCUGUAUGUCUAACAGAGUCAGUUUUUUGGUCUGUAGAGGCACAGAACGAUUGUCAGCGAUUUGACUGUUAACAAUGUGGCUCCAUUUAAGGCAGGAAAAUCGGCAGGUGGUGUAAGACUUGUUGCAUCUAAGACGUCAGUCAACAAAAACACAUUGCAUUACUUUUAGUUGGCAGAGGGUAGACGAAAUAAAAGAGUCCAGGAAAGGAUAUCCAAGUUGAGUGUCCCUAAACCUCUGUCCAUCAUGUCGCAGAUCUGGCUUUACUGAAUGGUUGUAUCUCAGUAAGAGCUGCAGGAAGUCAAACCAGAAUCUUUCACAUCACUAAAACUUGGAAAUUAAAAUACUUUCAGUGAAGAGGUGGUCAGCCACCAUUCUGGUCGUACAUUGAAGGUUGUUUUGAAAAAAGUGGGCCAAAAAUCUGAAUCAUGAUAUAGCGAAAACAUGACUUCCAACAUAGAGUGAUGUAAAGGGAGAGAAGACUAAUCUUUAUGAAUCCAACUGGGAAGAGUACAAUAAUGUAUGCCUCUACCACAAGCUGCAUAAGAUACAUGUGGACAUGGAUGUUGUACCCAUCAACAAAAUAAGGUCGGGAAAUAAAGAAUCCCACAAAGAAGAAGUACAGAGUCUAACUAUGGCAAAUGUGUUGUUUUGUCUGAUGAAGUUUGAGGGACCAAGUCACCGUGUCUCUUGGAUCAAAAGUGGGCUGAAUCAAAUGAGAUUGAUUUAAACUGUAUGCCAGCAGAAAUGUUGCUGUGAUUCAGGAUGGUGGUCAAUAUCACACUGUGGUAGAGCUUUAUGUUUUGGUUUUUUUUUCAGAGAGGUCGAUGAUGAUGAUGAUGAUGUUGUUGAUGACAAUGAUGAUGAUGAUGAUGAUGAGUAAACAGAAGUGACAGCGCACCCUGAAGACAGACCGACUUUGUGCUUCAACUGAAGCAACAUUCAAACUCGACACUUCGACACAGACCAACAGUUAAGAGGCCUCCACCGCCUCAGCAGACUCUUCUCCGGAGGAACACUCACCACAACUCUACUUGAUGAUUUGGUGCUUUCCAAUCGUCUCACCGGAUUUGUCUUAAACCAGGAAUCGUCUUCAUACACAGCCACCGAGCGGUUUCCUCACAGGGAAAACCACCACAGUAACAAACCCACAACUGCACCUGGUCCUCCUCCACCUCCUCACUCUCUGCUCCUCCUGAGGGAUCUUAAUAACACGUAUCUUCAGCUGUGUGGUAUCUUUUGUCUUGUGCUCUUGCAUCCUUUCCACCUCCCUCCCCAACCAUUAUGUAACCGAUAGAAAUUAGUUGGAAGUGAAAAUAUUCCUUACGGCUUUCUGAUGUUUGUGUGCAAUCUUUCCUGUGUGUGUGUGUGCUGAGGAUCUGAUGUACCAGGAUCAACUGCUAAACACUGACAAGGCAACCACAAUAAAGUCUGUUGUGAGAAAACA